AUGUGUGAUGACGACGUGGCAGCACUUGUAGUCGAUAACGGCUCCGGUAUGUGCAAGGCCGGAUUCGCGGGAGACGAUGCACCUCGAGCAGUGUUCCCAUCCAUCGUAGGCCGUCCGCGACACCAAGGUGUCAUGGUUGGUAUGGGCCAGAAGGAUUCUUAUGUUGGCGAUGAAGCGCAGUCGAAACGAGGUAUCUUGACUCUAAAGUACCCGAUCGAACACGGUAUAGUCACAAACUGGGAUGACAUGGAGAAGAUCUGGCACCACACAUUCUACAAUGAGUUGCGUGUUGCUCCUGAGGAACAUCCUGUUCUUCUCACUGAAGCUCCUCUCAAUCCUAAAGCAAAUAGGGAGAAAAUGACCCAGAUUAUGUUUGAGACUUUCAAUACGCCAGCCAUGUAUGUAGCCAUCCAAGCUGUAUUGUCCUUGUAUGCUUCCGGACGUACUACUGGCAUCGUGCUGGAUACUGGUGAUGGUGUCACUCACACUGUUCCCAUUUAUGAGGGAUAUGCUUUGCCUCAUGCUAUCCUUCGUUUGGAUUUGGCUGGUCGUGAUCUCACUGACUACAUGAUGAAAAUCCUCACAGAGAGGGGAUAUUCUUUCACAACCACCGCAGAGAGAGAAAUCGUUAGGGAUAUCAAGGAGAAACUCUGCUAUGUUGCACUGGACUUCGAGCAGGAAAUGGCUACUGCUGCUUCAUCUUCGUCUCUCGAGAAGAGUUAUGAACUUCCUGACGGACAGGUAAUCACGAUCGGCAACGAGCGAUUCCGUUGUCCUGAAGCGCUCUUCCAACCGUCGUUCUUGGGAAUGGAGUCUACUGGAAUUCAUGAGACUACUUACAACUCUAUUAUGAAAUGUGACGUGGACAUUCGAAAGGACUUGUAUGCCAACACCGUGUUAUCUGGUGGUACUUCUAUGUUUCCUGGAAUCGCUGAUCGAAUGCAAAAGGAAAUCACUGCUCUUGCUCCAAGCACGAUGAAAAUCAAGAUCAUUGCACCACCCGAGCGCAAAUAUUCUGUUUGGAUCGGAGGAUCUAUUCUUGCUUCGUUGUCUACCUUCCAACAAAUGUGGAUCUCUAAGCAGGAGUACGACGAAUCUGGACCGUCGAUCGUUCACCGUUGUACUUUUUCUGCUAUGUUCACAUAG